GCACUGGCCCACGAGACGCGCUACAGACCAACACACUCCGCACAAUUCUCCUUUAUAUGAGCCGUGCGCAUGGACAGCUGCCACAAGAUCACCUCAGCUCAGCUUUUGCGCACCUGGCCAACCCACGCCAAUGAAGUCGUGCUCCUACUUGCAUUCUGAAAGGCUCUGGAGAGGAAUCAGGUUCUCGUGCUUAUUGUGGAUUUAAACCCUCGAAGGGCUUGAUACGUGAAUUUUUUCCCUCUGGAUCGGUGACUAAUAUGGAGCUGACAGGGAGAUGCGUGUUGUUCGCAGCGCUUGUGAUCAGCGUUCCGCACUCUGCGCGCUCAGGUUGUGAUAAUCAGGUUUGUAAUCCACGCAUGGGAAACCUAGCGGUCGGGCGUUCAAUACAGACCAUAUCACAGUGUGGCUUAACAUCUCCAGAACAGUACUGUCACUACACUAUGGACAAAUGUGUGCCACUGUGUGAGGUGUGUGAUGCUUCGGUGACACACCUUGCCCACCCACCUUCCUCCAUGACAGACUCGCCUUUCAAACACCCGCCAACCUGGUGGCAGUCUGCACAGGGCGUGGCCGCAGAAACUUUACAACUGGACUUGGAGGUUGAGUUUUACUUCACUCACCUCAUUAUCAUAUUUCGAUCGCCACGCCCUGCUGCCAUGGCAAUAGAGCGCUCUCAGGACUUUGGACACACAUGGAGCGCUCUGAGGCUGUAUGCACAUAACUGUAGUAAAGUGUUUGACAUGGAGGAUGGACACGGCUGUACUCAGAAAUAUUCCACAGCGUUGCCUUGCAGCAAUGGAGAGGUUAUUUACCGCGCGCUGUCACCAUGGGACAAACUGAAUCCGUACAGCAUCACGGCACGAGCCCACCUCAGCAUCACUAACAUACGAGUGCGCCUACUUCAACCACAGUCUUGCCCCUGCCAGCAUAAACUCCCUGAUGCCAACAUUGCCACUGCCCACUAUGCCAUCUAUGACCUCAUAUUAAAGGGAGGUUGUUUGUGCCACGGGCAUGCAGAUCAGUGUGUGCCCACCGGCAACCACCAGAUCACGCAUCUUUCUAACAAACACAUGGUGCAUGGUAAAUGUAUUUGCCGACAUCACACCGCAGGCGAUCACUGUGAACGGUGUGAUCGGCUCUACAACGACCGGCCGUGGCAACCGGCCAACGGUUUAACUGGAGAAGCUCAUCAAUGCAUUAAGUGCAAGUGUAACGGCCACGCAGAGAGCUGUCGCUUUGAUGAGACCGUAUGGCUGCGCUCUGGACAGCGGAGCGGCGGUGUAUGUGACUGUCUUCACAAUACCACUGGACGCCACUGUCAACACUGCAAGAGCGGCUUUCACAGAGACCCAAAGCGACCCCAGAGUGACCCGGAUUCUUGCAUACCGUGCAUGUGUAACCAUGUCGGUUCAUCAUACUGUAACCCUGAAAAUGGAGAUUGUGUCUGUAGGCCUGGUGUUACCGGGCCACUCUGUGACCAUUGCAUGCUGGGAUACUGGGGCUUCGAUGAGUAUGGCUGUAAGCCUUGCCAGUGUGCCAGUGAUUGUGACCCCUACACAGGAGACUGUAUGAUAAGGUCUGAAUCAGAUCACGACAGACGAGAAAAUCAGUUGUUUCAAACAGAAGAGCUUUUCUCUGCCCUCAGUCAUCCAGACAAAUGUGUAUGCAAACAGCAAACCCUUGGAAACACCAAAGCAUUUUGCAACAUGAAAAAAGCUUAUGCAGUAAAAGUGAAAGUGCUGGAUGCUCAUGACAAGGGCUCUCAUGCUGAGGUGGAUGUUCAGGUUCUCAAGGUGUUGUGGGAUGACUUAAGCAUCAAGCUCACUCCUGGAAAUCAAACUCUGUAUCCUGAGUCCUGGACCUUACGAGGGUGCACCUGCCCUGUCCUUUACCCCGGAAUGCAAUAUCUUGUUAUCGGACACGAAGAUGUGAAAAAAGGUCGUCUUAUGGUCAACAUGAAGAGUUUGGUGAAGACAUGGAGACCCAAUCUGAGUCGAAAAGUUCAUCAGCUUUUCAAAACCAAAUGCAGCUAGAUAAAUAAAAAAGAGAGAGAGAGAUAGAGAGAGACAUUUAAAACAUUGUUUGUUUUAUUUAAAUAAGAUUCCACCUUCUAAAUCGUACUUAUUAAUGUUAUAAAACCAGCUUUAUGUGAAUGUGCAUGCACUUUUUAGCUGGUAGGUGAAUACAAGCACUGUACAAAAUGUAUAAAGUAUAUGUAUGUAUAUAUAAAAGAUAAUGUAUUUAGUUGUUUUCUAAUCUUUUUCUAACCCUGUAUAUAGCAUGCAGUCUGUACAAAUAAAAUUAUGAUGGAUACAUAUCAA